AUGCAGUAUAAGGACGUGUCUGCAUUCCCGAGGAAUAAGAAUCAGUAUCAGUACAAGCUGGUUGCUGUGAGGUUGCUUGUGGCUGAUGCUUCCUUUGCCCAGAGGGUCCUUACUGAGGUCGAAGACGCAGCUGGGAGAAUAUCUGAGCAACUGUUGGAGUCACUGGCCAUCACCCCCCAGCAGCAGGAGAUGACCAAGUCUCCGAGAACUCACACAGGAGAGAAAACCUAUGAAUGCAGUGAAUGUCCCAAAGCUUUCAUUAGGAAGGCAGACCUCAUUUUACACCAGAGAACUCACACAGGAGAGAAACCUUAUGAAUGCCGGGAAUGUAAGAAAGCCUUUAGUAGUAGGUCUCAACUCACUAUACACCAGAGGCGUCACACAGGAGAGAAACCCUAUGAGUGCAGUGAAUGUGGGAGAGCUUUUCCCCAUAAGUCCAGUCUAAUAUUGCAUCAGAGAACUCACACUGGAGAAAAACCCUUCUCCUGUGGAGAAUGUCAAAAAGCUUUCACCCGGAAGUCAGAGCUCCUUUUACAUCAGAAAAUUCACACGGGAGAGAGACCUCAUCAAUGCAGUCAAUGUCAGAAAGCUUUCAUGAGGCAGUCGGAACUCAUUUUGCAUCAGAGAAUUCAUACUGGAGAGAAACCUUACAAAUGCAGUCAGUGUCAGAAAGCCUUCAGAACUAAGUCACAACUCAUUAUACAUCAGAGGACACAUACGGGAGAGAAACCCUACAGAUGUGGGGAUUGUGGGAAGGUUUUCACACAGAAAUCGCAGCUCAUUGUACAUCAGAGAACUCACACAGGAGAGAAACCGUAUGAAUGUAGUCAUUGUCAGAAAGCCUUCAGCACUAAGUCACUACUUAAUAUACACCAGAGAACACAUACAGGAGAGAAACCUUACAGAUGUGGCGAUUGUGGAAAAAUUUUCACACAGAAAUCGCAGCUCAUUGUACACCAGAGAACUCACACAGGAGAGAAACCAUAUGAAUGCAGCCAUUGUCAGAAAGCCUUCAGCCUCUUUGUCUUUCAUAACUUUGCCAUUUUUGAAGAGUAA